GAUGGCUAUAUGAUGUACAUAUUUUAUGUCAUUAAUUAAAUUACCGGUACAUAUAUUAUAGUAAGGAUGUUUAUACUGGGAAAUCCUUAAUAUAGGUUCCAUUUCAUGAACGUUUUACUUAAUCUUGUGUAUUGGUUGAAAUUACACCACUGAUCUCAACAGGAGUAAACGUUUACAUUCAGAAAUGUGUCAGAAAAAUGAAAACCUCAAAUGAAACGUAGAGUAUUUAGCGAUCAAGUGACAAAGGAAGCUUGCAAAUAUUUCAUAUACUUCUUGUCUAAUUUUGAAAAUAGUUGAAAUUUACUUCUGUUGCAAGAACUGUUAUUUUGUUAAAAUACUUUAUUUCGUGUGUCAAUGAUUAUUUAUAACGGUGUUACCUGUGAUGAUAUACCUGAUAAUACCAAUAUAACACCACCUAUACAAAAAACGUUAUCAGAGCUUGUUUAAUAAUUGAGAACUUCACCUGUUUAAAAGGGAAAAGUAUAAUAUCAAAAUGUUAAAAGAAAAUUAUUACAGUUUUCAAACUGGCAAAAAUCGUACAUUUACUACUGUGGAUUAUGUUCUGUUCGGUCUGACAUUGGCUGUAUCUGCUAGUAUCGGAUUUUACUAUGCCUGGGCAGACAGACGCAAGAAGAACAUUAAAGAAUUUCUCAUGGCUGGAGGUAACAUGAGUCCUAUACCUGUGGCUCUUUCUCUACUAGCCAGUUUCAUGUCUGCCAUCACAUUACUUGGUACACCAGGAGAGAUGUAUAACUACACAACCAUGUAUUGGUGGAUAGGACUGUCCUAUUUCUUUGUAGUGUUUGGUGCUGCCCAUGUGUUCCUGCCUGUAUUCUAUAACCUUAAGGUCACCAGUGCAUACGAGUAUUUGGAGCAUCGUUUCAGUAAGGGCGUACGGACAGCUGGUUCUAUGACAUUUUCUAUACAAAUGUUGUUGUAUAUGGCGCUUGUUCUGUAUGCUCCAUCACUUGCUUUAUAUGCAGUGACUGGGUUUACCCUAUGGGGAUCAGUCAUAUCUGUCGGAGUUGUCUGUACGCUUUAUACUUCUCUUGGUGGAAUGAAAGCAGUAUUGAUCACCGACUCAUUUCAAGUUAUUAUAAUGUUUACUGGUCUGAUAGCAAUUCUGAUAAAAGGAAGCAUAGAAGUUGGUGGCUUCGGCGAAGCAUGGCAAGCUGCUUAUGACAGUGGAAGAGUUUAUUUUGAUGAUUUUAGUCCAGAUCCUGCUAUUCGACACAGUGUUUGGUCACUAGUAAUUGGUGGAGCAUUUACUUGGGUUGCUAUCUAUGGAGUAAAUCAAGCUCAAGUACAAAGAUGUUGCACUUGCCCGACAUUAAAGCAAGCUCAGAUAGCAAUGUGGUUGAAUUUCCCAGGACUAUGUUUUAUUUUAUACCUGUGUUGUCUGAUUGGUAUGGUUGUCUUUGGUUUGUACAGUCACUGUGAUCCGUUUAAAUAUGGAUCAAUAACAAGUUCUGAUCAGCUUUUACCUUUAUUCGUAAUGGACGUUCUUGGCAGACUACCAGGUUUUCCAGGAUUGUUUGUGGCCUCUCUCUUCAGUGGAGCAUUGAGCACUGUAUCUUCUGGUUUGAACUCUCUGUCAGCAGUGGUAUUGCAAGAUGUAGUCAAAAGUUAUUUUGCUCCAGAUUUGUCAGAGGAAAAAGCUACAAUGGUUUCUAAAAUCCUAGUGUUCGUUUUCGGUGUUAUCUGUUUGGGAUUGACGUACGUAGCAUCACUUUUAGGUGGAGUUUUACAGGCUGCACUGUCUCUGUUUGGAAUGAUUGGUGGUCCAUUACUUGGACUCUUUAUUCUUGGAAUGAUGUUUCCGUGGUCAAAUAAGUGGGGAGCAUAUACAGGAUUACUAAGUGGACUUGUGUUUAUGUUUUGGAUUGGUGUUGGUGCUCAGAUACAUAAACCAAAGAUACCAAAAGCUCCAGUGUAUACCACCGACUGCAUUUGGAACAUUACUACAACUGCUAUGUAUAACGCAUCGACAACUGCUAUGCAUACUACAUCGACAAAUGCUAUGCAUAUUACAUCGACAACUGCUAUGUAUAACGCAUCGGCAACUGUAGCAGCAACAGCAGAUGACAGUGAUCCACUGCAGAGACUUUAUGAUUUAUCAUACAUGUGGUACAGUGCGACAGCCGUGUUAACUGUGUGUGGGAUUGGUUUGAUCGUCAGCUUUAUAACAGGUCCCACAAGAGCUGAGGAUCUAGACCCUAAACUAAUAUGUCCAUUGUUCGAUAUUUUAUUUCCGUAUCUACCAGAGAAAAUAAAAAAGCCAAUGCGGUUUGGUGUAAACCAUAAAGGGGCUCGUCAUAUUCCUGCAUCUGAUUCUGAGGCUCCACUUAAGAAGAGUUCAACAAAUCAAUUAGACUCCACCAGUAGUACCAAUAUCCUUGAUAAGUCAAAUGGAGAUCUAAACACCUUUGAUAAGUCAAACGGAGAAAUCAAUUGUACGUUUGAAGAUGAAAAUGACAAACCAAACAAUAAAACAAAUGGUGCCAAUAACAUACCACCGUCAUACGAUGAAGUUUUAGAAAGUGAUACUAGACCUGCAGUGGCAGUCAAUGAUACAGAACACAUAACUAAGCUUUGAAAACUUUGAAGUGUCUCACCCAUGUUAUUCUAAAAAUUUUAAAUUUUGUUUUCACUAUAUAUAAUGAAAUACAUAAUUUGUUUUUAAAUAUGAACAUUUUUAAAUAUGUAUAUAUGUUUUUUGGACGUAAUGCAAACAACUAUCACGCAAUCCUCUAUUAUGUGUUCCUGUACAAACCUUGAAAAGAUAGUUUCCGUAUUUAUACGUCUUGGUAAUUACCCCUUGUUUACUUUUUUUUAUUUCAAUGGUACUUGUAAAAGAAAGAUACAAAAAUAUUGGAGUAAAAUAAAUAGGGUACACGGACAAUCUUUAACUGCUUUAUUCAUAUAUGCAUUCGCUUUAAGAGUAUUUACAUGACUUUAAUGAAAUUACGGGCGUGUAUUUGAUUAUUAUGUAGUCAAAAUUGCCAUUAUCAACUUAUUCAGAACAUGAUGUAAUUAUUUGGAAGUAUUUAGUAGUUUCAUCAAGUUCAAUUACAAUAUUCCGUUUGUCGUUAACUCAGUUGUGUUACUUUUGGACAAAUUUUAAUCAAUUUUAUGUAUGUUGCUGUGAGUUGUUGUAUAACAGUUUGAUUGUUUCAUUGAGGUACAUUGUAGGACGUUGUUGUUUACACUUUAAAUACAUAUAUAUUUGCUGAUUGCAGAAAUAGUCGCGCAAGCGGCAAAAACAGUAAAAAAAAAAGGUUAAAUUAAGGCGAUAGUAGUUUACCGAUGUUCAAAAACGUGCAAAAAUUGUUAAAAAGUACGGGAAAAAAUUUAAAGUGCACUUUUGUAACCGAAAGAUUACACACCACAUAACUUAUGCCAUUUUAUAUCAGUCUAAAUGUCAUGCACGCGUACAUUCUAGUUGUUACGUGAGAAAACUCAAUGCUAUCUUUUUUCUUAAGUGUAUUUCAAGAAAUAAAAUCAAUUUCAUAAAAAAAGAACGAGCCUAACAGUGACUAGGUUUGACCCAAGCCCUGAUAAAAAUAAAAUGAAACAUGAUGCGAGAAAUAUAAAAUUAAAAUAUACUAACAAAUUUUUAUGGCUUCAUUAGUUGCGCGAUAAGUCUCAAGACAGUGUCAUUGAAAUCCUUCCACGUAUUUAGAAGCCGUUGUGAACGGACGAACAAACUGACAGAAUGCUCGUUGCUAAUUCUGAUUUUUGAUUUCAUUUUCAAUAUUGCUAAUUCUAGUACUUGCAUAUGGUGAAUAUAUAUCUAUCAGAUGAUACUUGAAUAUCCUAUUAUUAUUUCCUUGAUAUAUAGGGUUGCUGCUUACAUGAAAGCUCCAUGGUAAAUCAAUACUUCUAAAUUGUUAAUUUGAAGUCACAUCUUUGAAACGCCAUCGCGACUCGGUUUUCUGUUUCGGAAUAUCGAUCUAUGUCAUAGAUUACCCUACAUAUAUGUUCCUUUAGUCGGAGCCCAAAUCCAACCUUCCUUUCCUGCACUAUAAAUUAUCAUUCAGUAUUAACUUAUCGCCAGAGGUAAGCUUGAUAUUAAAUAUUAUCACUGGUGUCAAUAGUGUAGCAGAAGCUGUCUGUUCAUGCGGGAGAACCAGAGUUAACACUGAGUAUUUACUUUUUAUACUUUUAAUUCUUUUUACUAUGUUUUUAUAUCUCUUUCUUUGACAUGAAUUUUAUAUUGUCCCCUUGGUUUGGGAAAUCUCAGCUGUAUGAUUAUACUAUGUUAAAAUUUGUGAAUGUAUUAUAUUGUAAAUCUUGAUGAAUUAAGCAUCUUUUUUUUUACUAUGUUUCGAUCGUCUUCUCUUUUUCAAUAAAAACAUGUAAUUUA